AUGGCUCACCUGCGGGCCUGCGAGGUCCGGCAGCUGCUGCACAACAAGUUCGUGGUCGUCAUGGGAGACUCAGUGCAGAGGGCCGUGUACAAGGACCUGGUGCUCCUGCUGCAGAAGGACUGCCUGCUCUCCUCCAGCCAGCUGAAGGCCAAAGGUGAGCUGAGUUUCGAGCAAGACGUGCUGCUGGAGGGCGGCAGGCGGGGCCGCAUGCACAACGGCACCCAUUACCGUGAGGUCCGCCAGUUCUGCUCGGGCCACCACCUGGUGCGUUUCUACUUCCUCACGCGUGUGUACUCCCAGUAUGUCGUGGACGUCCUCGAAGAGCUGCGGCAGGGCGAGCACCACCCGGACUUGGUCAUCAUGAACUCCUGCCUCUGGGAUCUCUCGAGGUAUGGCCCGAACUUCCGGAGAGGCUACCGCGAGAAUCUGGAGAGCCUCUUCGGGCUCCUGGACCGGGUGCUGUCCGUGUCCUGCCUCCUGGUGUGGAACACGGCCAUGCCGGUGGCCGAGGUCGUCUCGGGCAGCUUCCUCCCGACCGAGCACCAGCGGGAAGCUUCCCACCUGCGGGAAGAUGUGAUGGAGGCCAACUUCUACAGUUCGGCGGAGGCCAGCAGGCGCGGCUUCGACGUGCUGGACCUCCAUUUCCACUUCCGGCACGCGGGGCGGCACCGGCAGCGAGACGGCGUGCACUGGGACGAGCGCGCGCACCGCCACCUCUCCCAGCUGCUGCUGGCACACGUGGCUGAUGCCUGGGGCGUGGAGCUCCCCUGCCGCUACCCCGUGGGCAGGUGGCUCAGGCACAGCCCCGCCAACGGAAGUCCAGGCAGGGCAGGAGGUAGGCAGCCCAGGGACAACAGAGGUGACCCAGGCGAACAGGCUUUUUUCUGGCAUCCACCCAGGUCCACGUGCCUCCGCACCCCGCGGCGACCUUCUUCGUCUUAUCCCCAGGCUCGACGUCUGUUUCCGAACUACAGACAAGACAUCUAUGUGCCCUCCCACCCAUCUUUACAGCGCCGGGAAUUCUCCCAUGACCCUCCAGCACGCCCGGUGGGGUAUACUGGUGAAGCAAACUUAAGGAUUGGCCACGAGCCACGUCUGGGCCCCAUCCGCAGAGCCUCUACCCAUCACCGAAGCAGACGGUCUCCUCCAUACCCUCCCGGGAGCCCCAACAGGCCACGCAGACACCGGCGAAGGCGCACAGACAGACAGACCCAAGAGUGGCAAGGCCUCAGUAGGCAGACCUACACCUAG